AUGUCCUUCAACGCGAAAAAUCUCGCCUAUGAGAAUAAACAGCCCGCUUUUCUACAGAAACUUAGAAACCAGUACGGAGAUACGUCUGGUCGUCUUGAAAGGCCCGCUGCGCGACCUCGAUUAGCGAAGAAAGAUGACGUGGACGAUGACGAGCCCACAUACAUUGAUGAAGAAAGUAACGAGGUGAUAUCAAAGGAAGAAUAUGAGGCACUAUUACGCGGUGACGAAAAACAACAGGAGUCAUCCGAACAACAGUCGGGUCAUGAGUUGAGAAAGGACACUGAAAAACCUGACGUCGAGGGAGCGUCAAAGCAGAAUUUGGCUGGAAUAGGAGGCCCAAAGAAGAGGAAACAGGCGAAAGUCAUUGCAGAUGAUAGUGUUGAAGCCGAGAAUGACACGCAGCAAGAGAAUACUGGACCUCAGAAAGCAAAGCAGAAACAAAAGAAGAAGAAGAUCAAGCUAUCCUUCGAUGAAUGA